CAAAGUUUUCAUCUCAGCUUCUACAAGCUCCACAUCAACUUGUGCCACACCAUGGAUUCAGGUAUGGAUCUACCUCAAUGUAGCCCGAUCAGGUAUAGAAUAUGGAACUAAAUAUCAAGCUGCUUUGGAAAGGAACUUUUAGAAUAAACGGGAACAGCUAAACAUUGCCCUCUAGCUGGUGCUAAACUACAUUUUCCAAAAUUUCCUCGUUGAUGUUUUUGGAAAAUGUUCUGUAAAAUGAUCACUGCAGGAGGGUUGUGGUGGGACAUCCCUAGAUUACAAGGUUUGGUUAUUCUAGGUCCAUAUUCAUAAUGUCACACUAAGUCGAGUUAGCCAUUCGUACAUCAGCUUGUGCAUAAGAUUCCAAUGAUAAUCUGUACAUUCACCAUUUUUGAUGAUGUGGACUGGUAUAAUUCAUGAAUCUACAGAUUAUUAUUAUUGAUGGAACUUCUUAGCAGGUGUAUUCUGAUAUAUACAAACCAAUGAAAGUCAACAUAAAUAUUACUGGUGGAACUUCGUGUUUUACCUCUGACUACUAAUCUCACAGAGGCAAAUUCUCUACACAGAUUUAAAUCCAACAUUAACUCUAAACUAAUGGUAAUUCAGAGGACUUGAAGCCUACAGAUACACUAACACAUUAAACAGUAAUUCAACAAGGUAAAUCUUUUUGAACCCAUUUGUAGCUUGAUAGAAUGUGAAAGUCUUUGGCCUACAUCAGUUACUUUUUAAAUACUUAGAUGGGUCAGAGUUAGAAUUCUAUUUACAUUAUCCCACAGAAGAUCACCUCAAGGUGUCACCAGACAUCAAUGAAACAAAUGCACCUUAGUUUGAUCAUAACAUCUUUUUUUUCCCAAGACAUAGCUGUAAAUUAGAGAAAGGUAAAUGUAUCUUUGUACGAUAAAAUGCUCUGACGCUACCAUUGAUUACUAGCAACGAAUGGUAUUAUAUAACCACUUACUGCAAAAAAUUUAACCACAUUUAAUACAUUGUUACAGUUAUACAGAGAUACCUCCGAGAGCGGGUUUUUAUGCAUAGUCAACUGAAACCAUGUCUUAAAUUUCAAGUAAAGAUGAAUAUCUGUAAACACUUAACCAGGGAUCAUGUCUAUUUUAGUUGACGUUAAAAGUAUUAUUCAUUGAAAAUGUAUUUGGAUUUUGUAGAAUAUUUGAGGGUUGCCAUUGUAGAUACUACAAUAUCAAGUUGUCAAACUAAAUACAGGAGAAUAAAUUUAAUUUAGUAUAAGUUAUUAGCCAUCAAGACACAGUUAGCAGCCGGCGUGAUUGAUUUUAAGGGCUACAGUAAUGGCUCCUUAGUUCUUAUCACUUAACUUAAACAUAAUUGGUUGCAAUCACUUCCACAACUUCUUUAAUUGGACGUCAAAGUGAGCUUUCUCUCUGUUUUAUCCAGGGUUUUUCUCUCCUCUCGUAUUCCUGGUUAUUUUGUCGAUCCAGAACCAUUUUCAUGUUAGGGCUUUUCCAUCAGUGCCUUUGUCAAAUCUCAUUACAAAUGCUGUGAACCGGGCCCAGGACCUUCAUCUGCUGGCUGCAGACACAUACCGGGACUAUGUAAGUACCCAUUAUAACAAACAUUUUUGACAGAUAGCAUAUUAUAGUAGUGUAUGCAAGGAAAAGGCUGUCUACCCCAAACCCUUCUCCGUCAUUGAUGCAAUUCUUUAGAACCCCUAUGUCUACAAAAGUAUCGUUAGCUAUGAUGCUUUUUCUUAGUGAAGAACAUCAAACCUUGGACAAAUUAUUGGCCAAUUCAUAACCGAUAUCUUUGCUAGAUAGCCUCCUAAUUAUUGUAAAUUAAAUGUGUAGCUGGUAAUUAGAAAUGUGAAGUGCAAUUUGUGUCUUUAAAGGAACGUACCUACAUCCCAGAAGACCAGAGACAUUCAAAUAAAAAUUCCCGCGCUGUAUAUUGUUAUUCAGAAAGCAUCCGUGCCCCAUCAGACAAGGACAAUACCCACCAAAAAUCUGUGAGUACACUGCUGGAACGUGUAGAAACUAGAAAACAUUAUUGAUUAGGAAACUUUGAUUUUCGUUGAGCGGCACAAAAUGAUAUGGGUGUUAUUUAGUGAUACCACAGCCUGUAUUUUGUAUAUGUCAUAUUUCUACUCUACCCUAGAAGACUUUUCAACUAAUUUUGCUUACAUUUGAAUUUAUACUGUAAGUUUGGUGGGGGUUGUAGUCUCUCUGUGUAGAUCUGUCUUGCAGGUCCAAUCAUCUGGUGAACUGGAAAAAUAUUGGUAAUUCCUAUUUCAACAGUUUGGUCCCUGUAUCCUUAUUUUAGUACACAUAUUUAUACGACACCAAUUAAUGCUACAGCCAUAGAUACAUUGACUAGUAAAUGUUAGUGUGACAUGCAAAUGAAAAGAUCCAGUAGGUUCUGAGAUCUCUACCGACAGCUGGAGAGGGAAACAGAUAGGUUAAACACAAGUUGGCAAUAACAUUAAAGAGCAGAGCAGCACCGUGGGUUUGAACAGGUUCAGGGAAGGAGAGAGUCAGAUUGAAUGGUAGUAAGCUUCAGACAUAUCAGGCCACAUGGUAAAAGGAGAAAUUUUGGUUCUUCUGCCACCUGAAAUAUUUAAUUUUUGCAAAAACCACCAGGUUUAUAUCUGUAACAUGUUCGUGGUCAGCUUCUGACAUGACAAAGGGUUAUAGAGACCUUUCACUGAUAAUUCAGUGCAUUGAACCUAAAUUAUUUUUAUGGACUAGAACAGUGAAGGCUCACCUUUGCACCAUAUGUUUUUGAGUAUAUUUUUAAUAAUUCUCAGAUUCUUGGACAUCAAAAGAAAUUGUAAUUUAGAAACAUCUUGGAUGCCGUCCGAUGCACAUUUCUCAUGAUAUGAUGCCAGAUUUAGAGUGUGCAAAGGAUUGCCAUCCCAGGACUAAAAUACCUAUUACCCAGUCAACUAAUUAGUAACGCUUUAAAGGAACACUUUAGUCACAGUAACAUAGCUCACGGUAAUGGUUACAGAACAAAAAGAAUGUGGCGCUGCACCAGACAAAAAACAGGGUUGCCCUUCGCUUGCCACUUGGCUAAUGCAAUAUGGACUACUUAAUUCACUAACUUGUCCAACUUUGGGCAUCGACAAUAGUCUGAAAAAACUGUGGGCAAGUGCGGCAUAAUGAGCUGUAGUGGUUAUGGUGCUUAGGCAGCCUCCUAAUCAAACACGACUCCCCAUCAUAUGUAACUUUACUUUUGUCAAUCACUGCAGGACAUGGAGCUACUGCGCUUUUCACUGACCCUCAUUCAGUCCUGGCUUAAUCCCGUGCAAGUCCUCAACAGAGUAUUCACCAACAACCUAGUUUUCGGGAACGCAGAUAACACUGUGUAUGAAAAGCUGCGAGAUAUGGAAGAAGGGAUCCUGGCCCUGAUUAGAGUGAGUAUGAAAUGUGGCAAAAUAUUAAUUGGAAAGAGUUAGCCAGUGCAUGAUUUGUUGUUUAAAGAUUACCCAACCUUAUAUGAAAUUUACUUCUGCAAAGAAAAUGAGGAUUCUUCCAAUGAUGGCCAAAGCUUCCUUUAUAAAGAUACAAAACUUUGCAUGUUUUAAAGACAAUAUCAUCAAAGCAGAGAAACAGAUAGAAUUUGGAAAUGGGAGGGAAUAGUUUGAUGGGUAUAUGUGCUCAUUGUAAGAUUUAAAUGGUUGGUUGAAAAUUAUUUCGAAGAAUAUCAUCAAAAAUGCUGGGCCAUUUUAAAUUAUAAUUAGUAUUGGUAAAAUGAUAAAUGUCUGUUGUGUUGGGGCAAAAAGGCCAUAUAUGGUGCAAGAGAUAAGUAUAAGAGUAGUUUAGAAUAUGAGAGCAAGUUGGUUGUGGUGUGCCGGAACCAACGAUGUGGUAGGGCCUGUAAAUGAAAGAGGGACCACCCAAGUGUAAAGGGGGGGGGGGAGAGGAGGAGGAUAUGUUGAGUAGUAGGAGUGGAGGGAGAGCCAUGCAAAUCGCUAGACCACGAACGGUGUGGAGUAAAGCAAGGGUUCCCUUUAAGCAGGAAAAUCACAUGCCCCUCCCACAAUUACAGGCCAAACGGCCUUAAUAUUUGCGUACAAAAUCUUAAUGUGAAUAUUUUAAAUAAAAAGUACAUGUUUUUGGACAAAUGUAAACAUUGUCAUUUGUUUUAUAGUGUCCAAAUAAAGGGAGUGCAUCUGUGCUCUAAAACCUCAACAUUAAGAUGUAGAUGUCCCCUUUGAUAUUUUUAAUGCGUUAUAUAGUGCUCUUUAAAAAUACUGUUUAACUACAUCCUGUAAUGUCAAUUUAAUAAAUCAAACAUUUUUGGUCCUAUUUAGAUUUACGUUUCCAUUACAUCUUUCUUUUUUUAACUGCAUUAUGGGGGGAAAAAAUUCUCAAUUAAUAUAUUACUAUAUACUGUGUUAAUACUUGGAGAACAUAUACGAUACGACUUCUGAAUUACACUCAAACGUUUGGAUGGAAUUUAUGCUAAGUGAUUGAGAUUAUUUCGUUAUUUUUACAGUAGGAGAGGAAAUUAACUGGUUUUGUUAUUAUACAGGAAAUGGAAGAAGGGAACGCUCGUAGCUAUGACCUCAUGAGACUCACCUACGAUAAAUUCGACAUUAACCAGCGCAGUGACAAUGCUUUGGUGAAAAACUAUGGUCUUUUGUCGUGUUUCAAAAAGGACAUGCACAAAGUUGAAACUUACUUGAGGGUCAUGAAGUGUCGGCGGUUUGUUGAGAGCAACUGCGCAAUUUAAAUAUCCUUUUCAGGAUAAUAGUUUUACGCCAUUCCCUUUCCAGCCAGAAUCUCGUAACAAAUAUUGGGAUAUUGUCACUAGUUUAUCUCGCAGAAAGAGGAUAAUAGUUUAAUUUAAGUAGCAUUACUUUUACUAUUUUAGCCUAAAAAAAAAAAAAAGAAAACUGUGUGUGUUGCUUGUGCUUAUAAAUAUAUAUUGUAUUAUCCGUGUAAAAUUGUUGUACAAUGAGCGUCAAUAUGAAAACAAAUAAAGAAUGCAUUUAUGUUUUAAGUUCA